GCAAAAUCAACUUCCGGUCCAUUGACAAAGAUUGUUACGUUUCCGUCUACCCGUAACUUGAACGAGCUGAUUUUGUCCACGAAUAACUAGGUUUUCUUUAUAGUUAGCUGUUUUCGUUGACCAGGCAAUCAUGUCUAGUCACGACGCUGUUAACAUGAAGCUACCACCGAUUCAAUCCACAGCCGGAGCGAUUCCGGUUCGAAAUGAAAAAGGUGAGAUUUCCAUGGAGAAGGUGAAGGUAAAGAGGUAUGUGUCGGGUAAACGUCCCGACUAUGCACCGAUGGAGUCGUCAGAUGAAGAGGAGGAAGACUUCCAGUUUGCAAAAAAAGGGAAAGAAACGGAGCCAGAGGUGGAACUGGAGGAAGAAGAUGUUUCUGACCCCCGUCUGAAACGUUUGCUAAACCGAGUUUCUGAAGAUGUGGAAGAAAGGCUUGCCAGACACCGACAGAUCAUAGAGCCAGAAGUUGUUGCAGAGAGCAGCGAAGACUCUGAUGAAGGCACGUGGCACCCAGAGCGUGAAGAGAGUAGUGAAGAAGAGGAAGAAGAAGAGGAAGAAGUGGAUGAUGAGGAAAUUGAGAGAAGACGAGCGAUGAUGCGUCAACGUGCUGUAGACAGAAAGAAUGAGGAGAUGGAGGUUAUGGAGGUGGAAGAGGAAGUGAAGUCGGGAGACGAUUCAGAAUCUGAAUCUGAAUAUGAAGAGUACACAGACAGUGAGGAUGAAGCAGAGCCACGACUCAAGCCUGUCUUCAUUCGCAAAAAAGACAGAAUUACAGUGGCAGAGCGUGAAGCAGAAGAGCAGAAGCAAAAAGAACUGGAAGCCGAGGCCAAAAAACAAGUUGAAGAGCGAAGGCGCUAUACCCUGAAGAUUGUGGAGGAAGAGGCCAAGAAGGAGUUUGAGGAGAACCGGCGUACACUGGCUGCUCUGGAUGCCCUUGACACUGAUGGGGAAAAUGAGGAAGAAGAGUAUGAAGCCUGGAAAGUGCGAGAGCUGAAACGCAUCAAGAGAGACAGAGAGGCUAGAGAAGUCUUGGAGAAGGAGAAGGGUGAAAUCGAAAGAUUCCACAACUUAACAGAGGAGGAGCGCAGAGCCGAGCUGAGAAACAGCGGCAAACAGAUCACAAACAAAGCUUCAAAGGGCAAAUACAAGUUCCUCCAAAAGUAUUACCACAGAGGAGCUUUCUUCAUGAACGAAGAAGAGGAUGUUUACAAGAGAGACUUCAGUGCACCUACUCUGGAGGACCAUUUCAACAAGACCAUCUUACCCAAAGUCAUGCAGGUCAAAAACUUUGGUCGGUCUGGACGCACCAAGUACACCCAUCUAGUAGACCAGGACACUACGUCUUUUGACUCAGCCUGGGCCCAGGAGAGUGCUCAGAACAGCAAGUUCUUUAAGCAGAAGGCGGCAGGCGUGAGGGACGUGUUUGACCGGCCUACAGUACAAAAAAGGAAGACAUAAGAAUGUCUUACUCAGCACUGCAGGGUUAGAGACUUUGCAUCCAACUGCUUUUUAGGAUGCAAAUUAAAUUGCCUAAGGAUGUUGGGAGACCUGUAAUUCUGGUGUUUUCAACUCUCUUAACCAUAUCUACGAUUUAUGGCUGCAGAAUUGCUUUAAAGUGAUCCCCCAGCCCCCAUAGCCACAUUACGUGAGUCUCCAUGGGUUUUUAAAUACCAUUGUAAAUACCUGAUCACAUGUUGGAAAAUGUGUUUUCACUUGUCUUGACCUAGAUUUCUGGAAAUAAAGUCUGUUUGUUCAUUUGUUUAUUGUUAUACAUUCUGCAAUUAAAUUAAGAGGUCAAACUCG